UGGUCUGCACCCCGGCAGCCGCUGACUUCAUUCUCCGUCCAGCUUUGCGUGUUGAUGUCACUUGCAAGAUGGCGGCUCCUCGGGCGGGUCCCGGGCAUCCGUGCUGCUGCUGUCUGGUACUGUGCGGGGAGAUGGGCAGGGUACCCGGCCUGGUAAAGCGGGCAGUGAGCGAGCUGAGGAGAGGUUUCUGUUCCUGGGAUGUAGACCCAUCAAUCUGUAACUUGGACGAUCAGCUGAAGUUAUUUGUGUCCCGUCAUUCAGCCACCUUCUCCACAGAUGUGAAAGGCCAAAGAAGCCUCCAUCAUGCAGGUGACACGUUAGAGACAUUGGUUCUGAUUAACCCCUCAAAGAUAUCCGUAUGUGAUGAGAUCCGCAAAUUGAUCUGCCACUCCUCGCAACAUAAGCUAUUGGUAUUUACUGGCCCCUUCCUUGAAGACACUGGGGAAAUGCUCCUGCAAGCUGGAGGUGGCUUCUUAAUUGAUGACUUUAUUCAUAUUUUUACAGACAAAGAGAUUGGUGAAACUUUAGGCUCCUCUGACCCAACAGCUCGUGUGUGUUUGACAGUCUAUUGCCCGGAUAAUUGGGAUUUAUCACAGAUUGACAAAUGCAGCCUACAAGAUUUUAUUGAAUUGCAGUUCAACAAGGAUCAAAACUUUCCAGAAACUGAGGGUUUGCUAGAGUUAGCAGAGUAUCUCUCAGAGUCACUAGAGCCCCCAUCUCCAUUCGAACUGUUGGAAUCUCCCACAACUGUUGGUUUCCUGAAGUUAUGUAACCCAUGCUGCUAUGUUUUUCCUGGGGGUAGGGGAGACUCUGCAUUCUUUGCUGUAAAUGGGUUUAACAUGUUAGUGAAUGGUGGAUCUGAUGCUAGAUCUCCAUUUUGGAAAUUAAUACGUCAUUUGGAUAGAGUGGACUCAAUCCUUCUCACUCACAUGGGUCUAGACAAUCUGCCUGGCAUCAAUAGCUUGCUACUAAGAAAGAUAGCAGAGAUAGAAGAAGAUAUUUCUCAGUCACAACCUAACAAUGAAUGGUUAAAGAAUUUGGUAUCACCAGAGCUAGGAGUUGUGUUCAUGAACACUGCAGAUAAGCUGAUUGCUGAAGAAAAUCCCAGUAUGGUAAGGGUUAGAGAAGAGGCCUUCCGCACAGUUCAAUAUUUAGAGAAACUAAGUAUUCAUCCAGAACCACUGUACAGAAGCGGAAAUGGUGUGGAGCCAACUAUACUUUUUCAGAAGAUGGGUGUUGGCAGAUUAGAAAUGUAUAUUCUGAACCCUGCAAAGGGCAGCAAAGAUCUGGAAGCCUUCAAAAAGUGGCUUGGAAAUGAGGAACAUAAGAGACCUGAUUUACCUCUAACCUCUCUGACUUCAGCCUGUGCACUACUUGUUUGGCACCCUUCUGCCCCUUCUGAGAGGAUUGUUAGGGUUUUGUUCCCAGGCUGCACGCCUCAGAAUAAAAUUUUUGAAGGUCUUGAAAAACUCAAACACUUAGAUUUUUUGAAAGAUCCGGUUAUAACUCAAAAAGAUCUGGACAUAAUGGUUUGCAGUCACUCAGAUAGGAUUGGUGCAAAGCCAAGACGUGCUGAAAGCAAAGAGAGUUUGGGAUCUGGAUCAGGGCGCCUAAGUGUUGAACCAAAACUUGGAUCGGGAAAAGAUAAAUUGUUUAAAGUGCAAAAGAAAGAACUUCGUCCAGAUGGAAAAGACAGAUCUAAAACUCUUGUGGGGACCAGUAAAGAAACUGGAACCGAGGGUGAAAAACAAAAAGAGGUUAAGGGUAAAAUAGAAACUGCAUCUGAAAGACUGAAGUCUGAUUCAAGAGUAAAAACUGUGAAAGAAAAGGCUUUGGUAAAAAAAGAACCCACAAAGGAUGAAAAGAAAUCUGUGAAAAAGGAUGAAAUUCAAGCAGAUAAAAAAAAGGAAGUGACAAAACCAGAAGUGAAGAAAGAUUUGCGCCCUCCUGUUAAUGAUACCAGAUCAGAGACUCCAAAAAGAGACCCAAAAGAAAGCAAAACAGAAGAAAGAAUCUCGCGAACAGGUGUAAAAGAUGUCAAAAAAGUAUUAAAUACACCUGCUGACUCCAGGAGACCCAUUUCCAAAAUAGGAUCACUGAAGAAAGAACUAGGAGGUGUAAAAACUGAUAUGAUUGCUGGUGCCAAGAAUGUUAUAAAAGGCAAACCUCCAAAGAAGGAGCAAGUGAAGGAAACAAAGAGUCAAACAACUCAAAAAGAUGUAGCUGCAGUAAGUAGCAAUCCUAUCUCAUCUGAAGUUAGCAGUUCUCAGGAGACUAAUAAAUCAAGUGAGGCUGCAUGUGCGGAGGGUUGCAACAAUAUCCACCAUGAAAACGGACCAGAAAAUGGUCUAAGUGCAGUUGAGCCAGAGAGCCCAAAUGGAUUCCGCUACAUGGAGACAAGUCCACUUAAGGGCCUGGGAUCUGUUUCUCCAUUAGCUAAAACACCCAGAAGUGAAAUCAGUGUGAAUUUUGACCUCACUCCUACAAACCUAGAGAUUCAAGAAAAAUACAAAAGUGGGCAUCAUGGGAAAGACUGGCUGGAGGAUCCUUGUGGUAGCUCUGAAGAAAACACUUUGGAAAUGACCUUACCUUUUACUUCAGAUAAUCUCUUGCCAGCCUUGGCUCAACAAAAUAGUGGACAGGUCCUUUCUUCUGGAGAUGGAAAAAAUCUCAAUUAUUUUAAGUCUCCUCCAAAAUCUUCUCAAGAGAACUCAAAUUCCUCUCAAGGGAAGCAAGCUAGCUGCUUGUCUUUGAGUCCAUUUCGGGAGGAUCUACCUGAUGUAUCUCCUACAAUCACCACUCCUUCCUUGCCUGCAGAAGUUGGCUCUCCCCAUUCCACAGAAGUGGAUGAAUCUCUAUCAAUUUCUUCCUUUGAGCAGACACUUCCUCCAGUUAGUGAGUCUCCUAGAGAUGUAUCACCAGAGAUCCAUGCUGCAAGUAGAGUAGGCCUGAGCUUACCUGUUCGGGCGCCACACUCCAGUGAACAUGAAGGACAUUCUGAAAGAUCAGCUUCUCCCCAUGAUGUUGAUCUCUGCUUGGUUUCACCAUGUGAGUUUGAGCAUCCUAAAUCAGAUGCUGUAGCAAGUCCACGGGACAGUGACAGUGAUCCUUCCCAGGAAUUACCCAAGCCUCCAUGCUCCCCUGGAAAAUUUCCAAAUGGACCUGAAACACCACCUACUUCAGUAAGUGAGUCAUUGCCAACAAUUUCAGAUUCUGGGCCUGAGGAGGGUUCUUCAAUUGCCAUUGAUGGAGCAUCUGAUUCUGAGGGGGACAAUACACCAAGACUUUUGGAUCCUAUUCCUCCACCCUUGAAGGAUCCACAGCCCACACUACCUCAACCUGGAACAUGCAUGGUUGAUCCUGAGGCCCUGCCUUCAGACCUUAGUGACAAAAAAGGUCAGAGCCGUUUAACCACUUUGAACAUUCGUACUAAUACCAGCAAAAUAUUAGGCCCACCUGGAAAAGUCAGAGGAAUUGGUGAGAAAACUCCCAAAGCGAACACAGUUAGGGCUGACAUUUCUGUGAGGACUGGGAUGGAAUCCAGACAGGCUAUUAAUAGACGCAGUGUUGGAAAUACAAUCAAAGCAACUCCUACAGGAAGUCGGUUUGCUUCAGCAGGUUCCAGCAGAGCCUCGCAGUCGGUCUCCCCUUUACCCCCUGCACUACCAGUUUAUGUAGACCUUGCUUACCUACCUGGUGGGCCUGCUGCUCAAACAGUGGAUGAAGAGUUUUUCAAGCGGUUGCGCUCUUCGUUUUAUGUUUUCAGUGGAGAUGACCCUGUAAAAGAAAAAUCUACCCGUAAGAUGCUGGACUCUUUGCUUGCUGGAAAACAGAACUGGCCUCAAGAGAUGCAGGUUACACUGAUACCUACUUUUGAGUCAUCAACAGUUCAUGCUUGGUAUGAGGAAACCCAUGCUCUCCAGCAGUCACUUGGUAUCACUGUGUUGGGCAGCACCAGCAGCGUAUCGAUGCAGGGGGAAACCUUCCCUGCCUGCAAAGUAGAGUUCUAAUUUCUUCCUAUAUGGCUAUUUACUUGCACAUUGGGAAUUAUUUUAGGACAUUGUGCUUUCUGGUUUUUGGAGACUUUCCCUUUCUCCAUUGCACAGGCUUUUUUUUAGUAGUAAAUGCAGUUUUUCACACUGGAGUGAGGGCAUCCACAUUCCUACACAUUGGCCACGUUCAUUUUUUUUGUAGUGGCAAAACAUGUGCACAACAGAAGAGCAUUCAAUAGCAUGAAUAAAAAUUCCUCACAUCCCAGAUUCUUGGCAUGGAAGCUUGUAUCUGCAAAUAAUAGACUUUCCCUCCACCUGUGCCGAAGAAUUGCUUACAUUUCACAUUCAGAUGUUUACAGUUGAAUUGUCUUUUGCGUGUGCAUAGAAUUUGCAUUUGAUGUUGCUGAAGCUCUAAGUAAUGCUUGUGGCAACCUGCGUAAGCUCCAUCACUUUAAUUAUAUGCUUGUGGUUAAUUGCAUUUGUCCAUACCAUUGUAAAAAUAUUGCUCCCUGUAAAUGUGAUGAAUGUAAAGAAUGUGGACUCUGAAGCUAUGCGCACCAGGGAUAUCUAUGGGAAGGGUCCUGCAUGCUGUCCUAUGAUUAUCUGCUACCUUACGCGUCAUCAAAGGACCUGUUGACCUCGGUAAAGCAGGGUACUGGUUUCUGAAAUGACCACACAAUCAUAUCGGCAUUCUAUUUUAUAGGAUUGAUCAUUUUCUCAACACUUCAGUAGUAAAUUAUUACAAAGUAUACACUAGAUGUUUCCUGAAUAUCUGAUUCUGUCAUAUCCUACUCUAUUUGCAGACAGUUGUUAGGAAAGGGGGAUCAGUGGUGUUGAAAAAGCACAAUUAGUACCUGAUCUUUUUAAUAUAAUGUUACUCACAAGCACUAUGUGGAAUUACCACUUAAGAAACCUAAAAAUCCACUUGUUUGCUUAUUGUGGUAAUGAGUAAGGCAUCAUGGCUCCUUGGCCUGUGGACUGUCAAUUUUUUUUCACACAUUUUCACCUUUGCUUCAUGAUCGCAUGGGAAUUGUUUGAUCGCUCACAGAUAGAUAUAUAUAUAUAUAUAUAUAUAUAUAUAAUAUGAACACUUUCAGACAUAUGCUUUUUAUUCUACAUUUGCUAGUUUACCAUAAAGGGGCGUGAUACAUUUCUAGGUAGCUGUCUAGUCUCUGACACUCCAACAUUAAAUAGCUCUUUUUAUAAGCUGGGGUUAGUAUUUUUGAACGCAAACUCCCAGAUGCUUAUUAGAAGGAAAAUUAUUUUCUAAUGCUGUUAUUUAACAUAAUGAUUUUAAAUACAUAUCUGAUGAAGUAAGGCCAAGGAAACUGGUUUAGUGGCAAUAUCUUUCUUGUCAUUUGUAGUUUCAGCUGUCCUAUAAAGUAUGCUAUGUCCAAACACUAAACACACUGUUUUCUUCCUGUGAUACAAAGUUCUGCUAGCUAGUCAUGAUUUUUUUUUGUAUUAUAAUAUACUGUAGUAAAUGAAGGAUUACCUCCUACUUUCUUCACCAAAGUAUGUGGAGAAUAGUUUCUUAGACAUGCCAACAUGUCAUGUAAAAAGUGCCAGUCAGCCCUAAGGAGUUUAAAUGGGGGCUUUAAACAUCAUGUCAUUGUCUGUCAUAUUAGUGCAUAUCCCCCCUGACAACGAUGGGGUAGGUUACAUUGUUCAUGUACUAAUCUGACCAUAAUUUUCAGCAAAAUUUGUAUUGUGAAUUUACAUAGUUUUGAGUAGACAAGAAGAUUAAAAUCCAAAUUAAAGAAG